AUGGCAGAUCGCUACGCAUUGGGGGUGAAAGAACGCAGCAGCUUUGAACGCUUCGUGGCACGCUUGGUGGCCACGCAGAUGGAUGCCGGGCAGCUGAAACGGAUCAAUGAGGCCUUCCGCACCUUUGAUCUGGACAAAGAUGGCAGUCUCUCGCGCGAUGAGCUGGUGCGAGGUCUCACAACCUUGGGGGCUUCGGCGGAAGAGGCGCAACAGGUCAUGGAGGAGUUGGACGUCGGAAAAACGGGGCGCAUCAGCUACACCGAAUUCUUGGCCGGCGUCACAGACCUCCGGCAGAGAAGUCCCAUGGAACGAGACAAGCUCCUGAAGUUGGCCUGGCAGCAGUUCGCCCCUGACCAGCGCGGGAUGGUGAAGACUGGGAGUAUUCAGGCGGCUUUGGCGGCGCGGGGGCUGACCGUUGCGGAGCUUCCGAAGGAGUUCCUGAAGGAACUUCGUCGCGGUUCCGCAGGCGAGAUCUCCUUUGAGGCAUUUCGCGGUCUUUUCGCAGGAGAUGAGUCCUGCUGUGUCAUGAACUCCUUCGUGGGGAGUCUGCCUCGAAACUGA